AUGCAAAAUCCCAUUGCACAGUUGCUGGAUUCUGGGAAUCUUGUUGUGAAAGAAGCUGGUGAUGGUAACCCCAUAAAAUUCCUCUGGCAGAGCUUUGAUCACCCAACUGAUACACUAUUACCAGGCAUGAAGCUCGGCAGGAACUAUAACAUCCUGAAGAAGGGAUCAGAUGUUGUGUAUCGCUCAGGACCGUGGAAUGGUCUUCAUUUUAGUGGGGCACAGAACUCAAGAAAAGAUAGUUUCUAUACAUUUGGAAUAUUCUUAAGUAAGACAGAGGUGUACUUUGGAUAUUACCUCACAUCUUCUGUUAUCACAAGGUUGAUACUAAAUCACAAGGGUGUAUUACAGGGCUGGUAUUGGGGUGAACAUGUACAUGAUUGGAUCCCUUACCUCUCAGUACCCAGAGAUAACUGUGAUGCUUACAAACUGUGUGGCGCAUACGGUAUCUGCAACAGUCAAACUCUUCCUGUAUGUGGAUGCUUAGACAAAUUUGUCCCAAAACAUUAUGAAGAUUGGCAGAAAGCAGACUGGUCAGGUGGCUGUGUUCGGAGGACUCAAUUAACUGCCUCCAAGGAGAUGUAUUUUUGA